AUGCCAUUUGGGCUCAGUUCAAAAAUUCAACAUUUUCAAAAUGACUCUAACAAGCCAACAGAUGUUGAUGAAUUGUUUGAUAUUGAGCAUUUACCACCAAUAGUUGAUAAUUACUGCGAGGACCAGAGCCAAUAUGAACUUGGACUAUUUGCAGUCCGUCGUCUGGAUGUUUUUCCAGAGCAUCCGCUUCAAGUGUUCCUGGGCCCAGUGAUAUUGAGGUCUCAAGAGCGAACCAAAUAUGUCGGGGCGGCUACUUCAGACGAUAUUUUAAGUCUACUCAAGCCGGAAACUUUUAACUGGGUGGAUGAGGUCGAGCAGUCUACUGAGCAAGAAGAGGAGGAUCAUAAAAAUGCUUCAAUGUUCUUUGUGGUAGACUCACUGGAGCAUUCAAAUCCUUCAGGCCCACCUGCCUCGUUGAACGAUCCCUUGGACACCGAGACGCUACAGGAGGGCAGCAGAUUGCAAGAUAUUGAAAUACAUUUGGACAACAUGCCACAGUAUCUAGCGUUGGCUCCAGCUAAAUCCCCAUUGAAAUUGGUGUCUUCCGAAGCGGCAAAGGAAAUGGCGCGACAAAUUGACUUGAUAAGGAACUAUCCCAACAUCCACCACUUCAACUGGCUUGGGGACGCCAUGAUGGAACGCAGCUACACUUCUCCAGAAAUAUCGUUAUUUGUCAUCGUCUCUCCGCCAAAGCCCUUAUAUUCGGAGCACUUAAUGCGGCAAGCAGUAACACUUUGGCAAGCAAUGAAAUUCGUGGAUCCCAUCCUCUAUCGCGGUCGCUGGGAAGACUUGACCUUUUCUGGACACAGGUUGUUCAAGGCCGUCACCGGUCAAGCGUUCCAGUUGUACACGCCAGUUGGUACAUGGCAGCAUGAUGCUCCCGACCCUGACUUUCAAGAGCCGAUCGUUGACUCCUCAGAUCUGCAUUCCUAUGCUAGUGAGACAGGAAUUCCGCUUAACGGGUGGUUAAGCGUCCAUUUCGCGUUUACCCGUGAUGAAUACCUCGAUCAGGCCAAUAAACAUUCUGAGCCAAAGUCGAAGGAAAGACUAGAACGCCGGCCGUUUAGAAGGUCCCCCCUUCAGCAAUGCAUGGUGGCAGAUGACGCAGGCGACGCACCAUACAGCAAGGCAGAGACCAGCUGA